GGGGGCGGCGGCCAGCAGCUGCGCUCGCCCGCCGUCAAGCGGCCCGCGUCGGCGCCGGUGGCCCUGCAGGGCUGGCUGCACAAGCAGGGCUCCGAGGGCCUGAUGUUGUGGCGGCGCCGCUGGUUCGUGCUCGCCGAGUACUGCCUCUUCUACUACAAGGGCCCCCAGGAGGACAAGCUGCUGGGUUCGAUCCUGCUGCCGUCGUACAAGGUGUCGCCGUGCUCGGCGGACGACAAGGUGUACCGCAAGUUCUCGUUCAAGGCGGAGCACGCCAACAUGCGGACGUACUACUUCGCGGCGGACUCGCGGGAGCUGAUGGUGCAGUGGAUGAACGCGCUCAGCCUCGCCUCCAUCCUCCAGGACACCGCCAGGCCCAGCGUCUCGUCGGCCUCGUCGCAGGUGAACGCCAGCGCCAGCGCCGACGACAGCGACAGCGGCUUCCACGGCUACCGCGUGGGGGCGGCGCCGGGGGCAGGUGUGCGCUCCAAGUCCCCCGCCGCCCCCGUGACGUCACGCAUCCCGUCUCCGCUGCCGGCGCUCACCGCCGCCAACGCCGCGGCCGCCGCCGCCGCAGCCGCUGCAACGUACGAGUCCCGCGUGGCGCGGCCGCAGGAGCCGUACCGGCCGCCGCCGCCGCCCAUCGGCGCGCGUGCCAGCCACGUGGUGGCGGAGCAGCAGCAGCAGCAGCAGCGGCGCACGCCCGACGCCUACAGCCGGUCGCAGCCGCCGCCGCCGCAGCCCGCGCGGGCCCCCGCCACGCCCACGCACCGCGACUACGAGGUCGUGUACGACCCGCGAUACCGGCCCGCCGCGCAUCCUGCCUACCUCAAGGCGGAAGCGCCGCCCCCGGCGCCCCCCGCCGCCGCCGCCGCCGCCGCCGCCCCCGCGGGCGGGCUGCCGCGCGACGUGCUGCCGCCGCCGGCCAUGUACCGCACGGCGCCGCCCAGCCGCCAGCAGCCGCCGCCCCCGCGGCCGCACAGCGCCGACCUGCUCGACCUGGACCCCCGCCGCACCUACCCGCCCCCGCCCGCCCACGCGCCCUUCGCCGACGGCCCGCAGCAGCAGCCGGUAGCGGCCCCGGAGGGCUCAGGGGGUGCGGGCACGCUGCCGCAGGUGGCGCUGUACCUGCCGCACUCGCUGCCGCACGCCCACGCGCACGGCCGCCACCACCUGCCGCGGCCCAAGUCCAGCAUGGACGUGGCGCCCGCCGCCGCCCCCGCCGCCCCCGCCGCCCCCGACUACUGGUCCGAGGAGGCGUACGCCGACAAGAUGCGGCGCCAGCUGGCGGCGCAGCAGCGCUUCCUGCGCUCGGCCAGCGCGCGCCUGCCCGCCCGCGGCGCGGGGGCCGUCUCCCAGCAGGAGGCGCUGGCGGCGGGGGCGGCGCCGCCACCGGAGCACCGCCACACGCUGCCCGCCGUCGCCAAGCCCGCCGCCGCCGCCACCGUCGCAGCCCAGCACCACCCGACCACGCCCCAUCGUUCCCAGCAGCGCGAGGAGUCGAUGAAGCGGCUGCUGGAGUGGAAGCAGCGCAUGCUGCAGUCGCCGCUGACGCGCAAGCCGGGCCCGGCCCCCGGCUCGUUGCCCACCUCGGCGUCGUCGAGUCGCGGGCUGGCCCGCGCCGGGGGCAGCGCCGCCUCCGCCGCCGCGGGCGCCCGCCGAGCCUCGCACCUCGACGAGAGCGCCGCCGCGCGCAUGCGCAGUCGCUCGCACGACGGGAGGCGGCCCUCCGCGCCCGCCGCCGCCUCCCUGCCGCGCUACAACAGCUUCUCCUCCGACGACGAGGAGCCGGGGGACGUCCGCAGGGCGAGAAAGCGCGUGCGCCGCCCCUCGCAGGCAGGAAGGUCCCGCUCGGCCAGGGCGCGCCACGGCGCAGCCGCCGCCGCCCCCGCGCCCGCCCUCGCCUCCGCCCCCGCCUGCGCCUCCGGCUCGGGGGCCUUCGAGGACGCGAGCGGCGCCGCGAGUAGGAGCGGAGACCGGCGCGGCAUCCCGCCGGACGCGUCCUACGACGACGGAGAGUACGGCGGUCGGGGGCCACAGUACUGCGGUGAGCGCGCCCGCUCCCCGGACAGCUACCACAGCCACCAGCACCGGCGCUACCAGAGCAGCAGCAGCGGCGAGGCGCGCGCCACGAACAGCGAGACAGUCGCCGUCGAGGUCCACGCCACUCCCGGCGGACGCGGCCGGCAGACCUCUGCCGCGGCGGCGGAAGCGAAGCCGUCUCGCGACGAGCGCUACUCGUGCGAGAAACACUCGGACAGUGGUUACGACACGAUGCACCGAGCCGGCAAAGUGGCGGAGAUGGAGGCGACGGAGUCCCCGCAGGGCGGCGCCGCCGGGCCGUACGAAUACGGGCGACUCCGCCCGGCCUACGCUGUGCGCAGCCACCUGUCGGAGGCCGAGGAGUUGGCAGAGGUGCCGGACAAGCUCUGGGAGGACGACAACGGCGGUCGGCGGCCGUCCGCCGGCGUGGGAAUCCCCAGGAGAAAGAACUCGUUGCAGAACCGACUCCACGCGUCGGAGUGGACUCCGGAGAAGGAGGAGGACGCGGUGCAGAUGCGAGAACCUCUCGAACCGUCGCCGCCAGUGUACCAGCCGACGGAAGCACACGUGUCCAGUCUCAGGAACGAAGAGAGCGGCAACAGCAGCGCCGAUAACGCAGUCGGAUUCGCUUCCUCGUCCGUUUCGUCCAGCCUGAGACGUCGGAUUGAGGAUCUGCGGGCGUUCGCACUGGGCGACAGUGACGGCAGACGCGGGGCCAAUACCGAUUCCGAGAACGUGAGAGAGCUGCUCGACGGGUACGAGAAGAAUAAGGCCAAGAGAACGGAGACGGGGCGCCAACGGCACGCGGAGGACGGCGGCGAACGACUGCGCGGCAACCGACGGCGCGUCUUCAGCGAUACGGAGACUCUGCUCUACGACACGGGAAGUGACCUAGACGUGGAGGUUCGCGCCGCUCUGAAGCCGUCGGCGCCGUCACUCGAGCCGAAGCAGUGCGCGUCCUCCGAUCCGCCGCAGCCUGACGCCACGGUGAGUGGCGGAGACGAGGCCGCGCCGGCACCGCCGGCUACUCCGGCCAGCGAGGACGAGGAGGUGGCGGCGGCGCUGGGGAAACGCGACAAGUUCGUGAGCUCGUGUCGCGACCUGGGCAGUCGCAGGCCGGGCGCGGGCCGCACGCGGGGCCGCAAGUCGCUCUCCGUGUCGACGGCGGCGACCGACAGCGGCGCGUCGGCUGCGGAGGCGGGCAGUGGCACCGAGGACCUCGAGGUCAUCGUCACCCCGGGCUACCUCAGGCUCAGCAUGGCCGAGUCGAUGGUGACGCACGAAGACUCCGACUCGCCCACCUGCACGCCAGUCGCGACGCCCGCACUCGGCGGCAGUUCCAGUGGCACCGUCGCCAAUGCCGACGGCGAUUCCAGUGCCAGCUUUCUGGCACACAUCGAGGAGCACUACAUGCCGAUGACACCGUCGAGAAAGGCCGUGUUGGCACCACCGUCCAUUGCCGACUCCUUCUGCAUCGGCGGGUCUGCGGCACACAGCGCACUCGUGGAGAACAUACUGGCCGGUGACCUGGAAGAGAGCUCGUACGUCGAGAUGACGGAGAACGGUUUCGUGCGAUCCUUGCUAGCACCGACUACCGAUAAUGUCUCUGCCGCUGCGUCUAAGCUGGAACUGAAGAGGCUCAACUCUGGCGACUCCACUGCUACUUAUGCCAUUCCUGACAGUCCACGCUACUGCGAAGUCGGUUCCGUUUUCAAGAAGGCGGCAGACGGCAUCGGUAGUGGCGUCGGUGUGACGACUUCUCAUUAUGAACUACUGUACAAUCCUUCUUCCCAUUACGAGCCAGUAUACAUGGAAGUCAGCCCACUGACGCUGAAAUCUCGCGAAAAGGUCGUCAGCAAAGACGAUACCACCAAGACGAACCCGGACAAGCGCAGUGUGACGUCACUGCCAGAGAAAAACAACCCUACUUUGCACAGAACUACACGCACGAGUCUCCCGGAUAUACUGAGCUCUUCGACAGGGCCGCAGCCAGCUCGAGAGCAGGGCAAGGCCGACCGUGACAGUUCCGAUGCCGACGACGAAGCGUCCAAGGAUCUGGAGUCGGUGGACACACCGCGGCACCCGCGCUUCAGUCUGUCCGAUACGUUCCGGCCGGCCUCCUACUACCUGGGUGCCACGAGCAGUGGGCUCACUGUCGCCACCGCUGACAAUCACGACUCCUCUGACAGUGACCUAGUACCACCGCCACCUAUUCCGACCAGUCCACCACCACUCGACGACUUCGACAAUUCUCUGGAGACGCAGGACUCGUCGUCACUAGAAGCCAGGCUGCGUAACGAUGCCAUUGCUAAUGCCGAUGUGGAUUCGGAUGCUUCUAGGCUGUGGGAAUCGGCAGGUAGUGAACGCUCCAAGAGGCGACCUCUGUCAGGAGCACGCCUCAUCCCCGGGCUGGAUGUGGGGAGUGACCUGGACUCUAUAGGUAGCAGGAGUGGCCUGGCGCUCCACCUCGAUGACGGCGGUAGCGUCGACUUCGAUCGCUACUUGGAGGACUUCCACAGUAGUGAACCGUUCCACUUGUCUGCCUACGCCAAAGACACGUACUACUCGCCUUUCUCGAAAGAUACCGGCUACAGCUACAACGAAAACUGCCAGUCGCCACCCGAUAAGCUAUCGGAGAAGGCAGGUCCCUCUACGAUGCGGGUUAAGAAUUUGUCAACUACUCUGGAGGCCCUGGCGAAACGAGAAACGACAGGCGGUAGCCACGACGACGUCCAUUACGAGAAUGUGCAGCCACUGAAGGGAGGCGAGUGUCCGAUAGGCACAGACGCGACAGGUGCGCCGUAUUAUUACUCCGACCUGCUGAGGACGGACGACGACGGGAGCUUCGCCAGUUCUGCUUCCGAGAAGAGCCUGUCCAGUCUACGCGGCCGGAUGCCGCCACUCAACAACCAGCGGGCGGACGCGUCAGACUCGGCGGCAGCGCUGCUCAAGAGGAACGACAUCGGCCGCAAAGUGAACCCGAUACACCAGCACCGCACGUUCCACUCGCCCCACCACGCCGCGCAGUGCCCGCCUCCACUGCCCUCGACUCUCCCACCCGCGAUGCCCACUAGCGAGGAACAGAAGCUCCGUCUGGCGGCAGAACUCGCGAAGGGUGCGAAUGUGGACGCCAGAAAUCUGUUCGAAGCGGACACCCUGAGGCGGAGGCCUCCCAAACAGUCUCCGGUGCCCGCGGCGGGGAGCGUCGUCAACCUGUACCCGCACGGCCUGCGCGACAAGUCGCGCUCUCUGGAAGGACUGGUAGAUGACGCCGGCAGCAGAUCGCCGACGGAGAGGCAGCCGGAACCGCAGCGGCAGCAGGAGCAGCAGCAGCCGGUCGACCACUGGGAGGAGGACGCCCUGUGGCGAGAGAGCUUGCGCCGCGUCAGUCUCAGGCACACCCGCUCCCUGGAGAACCUCGACGGCGGAGGCGCCCGCAGGCGGGCCCAGCUCUCUCGUGGAGCCACGUACGUGAACGACAGCGUGGCCGCGCGCCUCGAGCCGCGCCGCCGCAGCCAGCACCAGCUGCGCUACGGCGACGUCGCUGCCGAGAGCGGCGCGGAGAGCGCGGCGACUCGCCUCCGCGGAGGGCCGAACGGCUACCUGUGGGAGGCGGACGGCGCCGCCCGACGCCUCCCCGCCGGUUCGCCGGCCUCGUCUCCGCUGCCCGGCGCCCCCGCUGCCGCGGCCGUCGGCGCCGGAAACUCCCUCCCGAGCACGGCGUCGACUUUUUUAGACGACGCCCGCCUCCUGUCGCCUCCCCCGCCGCCUCCGCCCCCGCCAGCCACGACGCAGUCUUCCGCCUCCAGCACGCCGUUCGAGCUGGACCGCGAGAAGCUGCGCCAGUGGGACCUCAUGUCGAGCGCGCCACUGCCGCCCGCGCCCGACGACCAGCAGCAGGCGGGGGCGGCGGCGGCGGCGGCGGCGGCGGCGGCCCAGGAGCGACCGGAGGCGGCAUCUGGCGCUGCGCCCCCGCCCCCGCCUCCACCCCCCACUGUCGACUCGCCGGCCCCGGGCAGAGUCGGGUCUCCUUGCUCCCCAGGACAACGAGAGGAAAGGAAGACACUCCCAGAAGAGAAUGGAUUCCUUACCGCAGACAAUAGUCAGAGACAGCGAGACAAAAAGAAACCUUUGCUGGAAGAGAACGGCUUCACGCAUGCAGAUACGAGCUACAGACCACGAGACAGCAAGAAACCCGUGAUAGAAGAGAACGGCUUCACCCCUGCAGACACAAGCACAAGCUACACAUCCGGCUCGGGGUCCGUGAUGGGCCGUGAGGUGGGCCCGCCCCCGCCGCCGCCGCCGCGCGCCGCCUCCGCCAUGUCGCUGCACCCGCAGCCACCCCCGGACAAGCCCGACCGCCAGGCCGGCGUCGCCGCACCAGAAGAAGCUGGGCUGCAUGUGUCAGCUGGUGAACUGCUGGGAAGGACUCAUGAAGAACUUGUGUUGCUGCUCAUUCAACUGAGACGUCAGAGUGCAGCUGUGUGCAAAGCUAUGGAAACAUGCCACAUGGAAAUCGAGGCUCAGGCAAGGUUUGUGGAGCUGGAAACACCUAAGAGGCUGGAGCAUUUAAAGAAGUUGGAGGAUUUAAAAAGGCAUCUACUAGACCUUGAGAAACAGUAUGAAAAGGGAAAGCCUCUUGUGAAUCUCGUCGAUAAUAUGGUAAAGCUUGGGUCUCUGUAUAGAGGACCCAGUGCUAGGGAGAGACUGGAAUUUAAUCAGAAAGUCCAAGAGAAACGCCUAUUAGCAGAGGAGCGGCGUGACUGGGACCGACUCAGUCCUGACCGAACUCAACUUCAGGCUAAAGUGCAGCAGUUAUAUCGCUUGGACCGGUUGCUGCAAGAGGAAUCCAGCACAUUGCAGAGUCUUCAACAGGAUAAGGAACUACUAGAGAGAGCCCUAGCUGGUCUUCGGCACAAGCUUCAGAACAACAGUCAUUUCUCACCAGUUGAAGUGGAGCACUUCCGUAAGCAACAACGAGCACUGGAAAGAGAGCUGAGCCGUGUUCGCCUCUUACUUGCACACAAUUCCAAGAAACUUGAAGAAACAGUAGCAGAGAAUGCACGGCUGGAACAGGAGCUUGUAAUUUUACGCCAAAAACUGCAACAGCCAAUAACAGAACCAGGUGGUGGCACAGCUGCCCUAGAGGCAGAGUUGAGAAGGGUGCAGAGGCUGGUGGGAGACCUCACGAGGCAACGCAAGCAGCUCAGCCUGCAGGUGCAGCAGCUGACCCAGCAGAGGCCUGGACCUGCAGGCGUCACUGGUAGCAGAGGAAGCAGCUCCACCCCCAGUAGAAAACGGCACCAUAGCACAUGGUUAGUGACAGACCUCGACACACUGGAGACGCAAGACCUCGGUGUGGAAGCCGCUGUGAGCCCAGCAAGUAGCCAAGCAACAACAGCCACCUCACCAGCCUCAACACUACGCUCACCAUUGUACACGUCCAGAGAAGCUGGUAGUGCAAUGGAAGUGGAAAAUGAGGUUCCCCCACCACUCCCUGCCCCUCCAGAGAUUCCACCUGAGUACCCACCUCCACCUCCGCCACCACCUCCACCAUCAGAAGAGGCUUUACUUGGUCCAGGAGAACAGUAUUGUCCACAUGUUGAUAUAAAUGAGGCUGAUGAUCGUAUGAAAAGAUUUUAUGGUAUCAUACCAAAAGAAAAACAACAAGAAAUAAAGACUGUAAGAAUUGUUAAACGUGAAUCAGAACGACGACAGAGGGACCGUGAUAGAAGUGGUAAUAUUGGUAUUCCUCUGACAAAUGGUGGAAUUGCUACUGGUAAACGUGCUCCUGUAGCUGAUGGCUCUGAAACAGCCAACAGCAUAUCUGAGGCACAAGGAUUUCAGAAACAACAGCUGGGUCCAGUGGAGGAAGAAAUAGGCGAAACAUCUCGUCCAUUCAGCGAGACAUUGCUGUCGGCCUCAGUAGAUGAUGAUGAGGAAGACGAUGACCCAGCAAUAGAUCUCCAGUUUCAAAGAUCUUUGUCUCUGCCACGAGGUUUUGGCAAGAGAGAAAGACUGACAGGUGCACCCCCUCCACCACCUAUACGAUCUGCUUCUCCUAGAGGAGAUGGAAUGGGUACUGGUGCUAAUGGUAGACAACAGCGUGUCAGGUUCAAGGAUGGCGAGUACACCAGUGUGAGCAGCAGCCCUAGUCCAAGCCCAAGCCCUUCGCAGCUGUCACCGGUGUUCAAGAGCCAAGCUGCACGUGCCAUUGUGCAGGAAGUGUCCCAGUCACCACGCAAGAGGGCCGUUCCCAAAGAGAAGAGGCGUCACCACACAGUCUCCAGCAGCAAGCCACUGCUCGAUAUGGAAGCGUCUGCAUCAAGAAUGGGAUCUGCACGGUCGCGAGAUGAUCUGGAUAUGGAACGAGCACUCCGCCCACGUAUUAAUGCACCUGAUGUUGUCAGGUCAACAAUGAGUCACAAGGACUUUAAAUACAAUGAAAACACCAUUGAUAGUAUACUUGGUACACCAAGCAAGAUUAUUAUCCCAGAACGCUACAUUCCUGAGCAGGCACCUGAACUUUCUGCAGAAGAGCAGUUGCAUCGCCUUAAGAAGGCAGAAGCAAUUCGAAAGAUGCUUUCCGAAACAAGUGCAAUUAGUGCUUCUGAGGGCAUUGAGGAGGAACAUCAAACAGCAACACUGAAGAAAAAGGUUGCUGCAGAGAAACGACAACGGGAACAUCUUCUGCAGCUGAAUCAGCUCCUAGCGCGGCAAGUCAUGGAGAAGAGUAAAGUUGUGGCAGUAAAAGCUCUUGCUACCCUGCCAUUAAAAACUGAGUCAAGUUUUGAUGAAGAUGACUUGUCUCCAGUCCAGCCUCUUCCGUUAUUUCAACAGCGAGAGAAUUAUUUCUCUUAGUGGAUGAUUAACAUUCCAUACUUUCAACAGAUACAGACUAUCUUUUUAUGUCUUCCUUAAACUGGCCCCACAAACAACUUGUCUGAUACAUAUUCAUCCUUUAGUGGUGGCCUUUUGUGUCGUGUUGUGAAAUAUACUGGGACAUUACUCAUAAUUUAAUCACAAGGAAAUACAGUGGGCAUUCCAUGAACAUUUAACAAGUGCUUUUAAAGUGUGAAUAAUAGGUGCCACACUUAAAAAUGUAUAUGUGAGGCCAAAGAAACAUAAAGCAAGCAAGUGAGUCAGUGUUUUACUACUGUAUAAAUCUGGAGGAUAUUGAAUUUCUUCUCCUUAAACAAAAGUAUUUCCUUAAUGCAUUUGUUUUUGUUAUAUAGACCUGAUAUUUUCAUUUGUGUUGUGCAAUUUGCUGCAUGAAAUGUUACUUUCUUUGAUUUUGUUGCCUAUUGACAAAUCCCAAAAUAAA